UGGUCUGCGUCUUCUCUCUGAUCGAGUCGGAGCAUCUUUCAUUCAAUGUCAUGUGUUUCAACUUUUAUUAACUUUUAUCUACGGAAAGUCGGAAAGUGAUUUUCUAAUCAAUUACUGCAAAUAUCUCGAACUAUUUAGUCAGUAGAGGAAAAUACUAUAAAUUAGUUAUAACGAAAUGUGACACAUUUUUUCUUUGUGUGAUCGUGCGUGCACUUUCCGAGGUGUUACAAAACCCGAAUUAUCCCCUAUUCGUCGUUUCAAAAGUUUUGAUUUCCUAUUUUCGUCGAAGUUCACGCAAACUAUCUAAUUUUCUUAGAUUUAGAGUGUCCUGGAUAAUCUUGUACAAUAAUUAUGGUUGUCUCUGAUGAAAGAAUGAUUACUGAAGACUCUCAACGUGCUCUUCCAACAUAGCACCUGAAUUUCUCGAAUUGUGCAUCAGAUGUAUUGAUGAAUGAUCAAGAUUAUGUAUUGCACAGUAAAAACAACGAACUAUCGUAGUUUGAAGUAUCUGCUGCAUCGCCUACCUCCAUGCAACAAUCUCGCGACCAAAGCGUCCAAAGCUGUUAUACCGGAAUCCCUGAAAUCGCAUCAUAAUGAAAAGGAAAAGUAUGAAAAAUCUUCAGUACAAGUUUUGUCAGCCUCGCAUAAAAAAGAACCGUUGUGUGUGACCCUACCUAAGUCACCAACAACUGAACAAUGGGACAUAAUUUCAACAGAUUGGAAAAAUGUCCAUUUAGAGUAUUUGAAAUUAUCAAAAAUAAGACUAACAACUUUGGUUGUAAUUACGACCAUGGCUGGAUAUGCGGUAGCUACGGCACCAUUUCAGCUGAGUUCAUUUGUAUGUUGUUGUGUUGGUACUGGCUUAGUAUCUUCGGCAGCCAAUGCCAUAAAUCAAUAUCAUGAAGUUCCUUUUGAUGCUCAGAUGUCUCGCACUAAAAAUAGAGUCUUGGUGAAAGCUCGUUUAUCGCCAUUACAUGCUCUAGGCUUUGCUGCUGGAGCAAGUCUCAGUGGUCUUUCUAUUCUAUACCUUGGUUGCAACAACUUAACUGCAUUACUGGGAGCGUCAAAUUUGAUUUUAUACACCUGCAUUUACACCCCACUGAAACGAAUUAGUAUUUUGAACACAUGGGUUGGAUCUAUUGUGGGAGCUAUUCCGCCGAUGAUGGGAUGGGCCGGUUGUACUGGAAGUUUAGAACCGGGUGCUUGGUUACUUGGAGCUAUUUUAUACGCCUGGCAGUUUCCACAUUUUAAUGCUCUCAGUUGGAAUUUGAGGCCUGAUUACUCUCGUGCAGGUUAUAGAAUGAUGGCUGUGACAAAUCCGGGGUUAUGUCGCAGGACGGCUUUACGUUAUACCGCCUCACUUACCGUAUUAUGUUGUCUAGCUCCUAUCUGUGAUAUAACGAAUAAUUUUUUUAUAGCAUCAAUGUUACCGUUGAAUGUGUACUUCAGUUACUUAGCUUUCAAAUUUUAUAAACAAUCUGAUAGCGCCAGUUCUAGGAAAUUAUUUAGAUUUUCAUUAUUGCAAUUACCAAUUUUAAUCGUUAUGAUGUUAGUUUGUAAAAAGCAAUGGUUUUUGAAAAGCAAUUCUUCCACUGUGAAAUCUAAUGAAAAUCUUGAACUACACAAUUCAUCAGUUUCCGCUGCAGAAAAAUCGAAUCCGUACACGAAUUUGGACACUGUCGUUGCUAAAAUUGCGAAACUUUCUUGAUUAUUCAUUAAUUGAAUAUUGAUUUUAUGUAUUAUAGCAACUGAUCAUCAACUUGAUAAUUAUAAAUGUAGAUAAAUUAUGCUAGUCUGCCUUGCAUGUUCUAAACACGCUGUAUUUUAUCAUGGAUGCUGUAGUAUUUAAAUUUCACUUUUAAUGAGCACUAAAUGUGAUUAAAAUUCAUAAUUUUAAUGCUCCACUGUCAACGUUGUCACGUUUGCUGAAAUUGUCUAGUUUUUACGAUCUGCAAAAUAGAAAUUUUUAUGCUGACGUCUUUAAACUUUGAUCGUAUUUUACUUAUUUUGAAAAUAACGGUUUCAAGUUUUAAAUAAAUGUCCGAUGUUUAAAAUGAUUUUCUUGUAAAUAAUUUUAGAUAAAGGAUUUUUAAAAUUUUUUAUGACAGAUUACUUGGAAAUUCCAUUUAAAAAUUCAAAUGAAUACUUGAAUUAAAUUUUUAAAAAAUUGUUUGAUUUUGCCAUACAUUUUGUGGCAAUUUUGCGAAAUAAUGAAUGAUUAAUUACUAUUGAAAAUGUUUUCCCCCAAGUCACACAUUUAUCAUCGUUUUACAUCUGAAAAUCAAUAGGAAAGCCAUUAAGUGGACAUGUAGAUGGUAAACAGAUAUUGGAAAGAGAACGACGAAUGACAUGCAAUCAUACCAUUUAGAAAAUUACCAUCAUGUCGAACUACUGCGUAUUAUGGUUAAGAUGUUGAGCAGUGUAAAAAUGAAAUAAUUUUAUGUUAUUUCUUUAUUUUAAUUGAAAAUCUUGAAAAUUAAAAUGUUUUAUUUGAGUGUAA